AUGGAUUGGAAAUUUAUUACUGUGGGAGCAUUGGUAAUGCAGAAUUCGAAAUUAUGUUUUGUGUUGCUGUUAUUGCUAAUAACUUCAACAUUAAAAUGCAGUUUAGCAAUGUCAGUUAUAGCCAAAUACCCACAGAAUACACAGUCAGAAUGUUUUUCGGACCAUCUACUUCAUAUGGCUAUAGACAAGAGUCCAGGAGGCCGUGUUUACAUCGGAGCUGUAAACAAAAUUAUACAAUUAGAGGGGUCCAAUUUAACUGUGGAAACAUGCACUAAAACUGGGCCCCUUGCCGAUAGUUCUCAAUGUCCGGCUAGUGGUUGUCCAACAUCCCCACCUAUUGAAACAUCACUUACUGAAAAUUAUAAUAAAAUUUUAAUCAUCGACCUAGAAUCUCGAAUGUUAAUAGCAUGUGGGUCCAUAUUCCAAGGAGCAUGCAACAAAUACAAAAUGGUAAAUGUUUCAUUACCAGCUCAAUUUAUUCCUAUGAGUAUUGCUGCUAAUACAGAACAAGCAUCUACCUAUGCAUUUAUUGGACCUGAACAUUAUAACAAUUGGGGUCAUUCAAAUGUACUGUAUGUCGGAACAACUUUUACCAACAAUGGAGAUUAUAGACAUGCCGUACCAGCAAUUUCAAGCCGUAGUCUUUAUAACUUAGAUCUUGCAGAGUUUUCAUUUUCAAAACAAUCUUCACUUAAUAUUAAUGUUAACUAUCGUGACCGCUUUCUUGUAAAGUAUAUAUAUGGUUUUAACUCUAGUGAUUAUGCAUAUUUCGUUAUUGUUCAAAAAUUUUCCCAUUUACCUGGAAAUGAAGAAUUAGGAUAUGUUACUAGAUUAGCUAGAGUUUGUAUAGAUGAUGCUAAUUAUGAUAGUUAUACAGAAGUUACUUUGCAAUGUAUGGUUAAAGAAUCGUCUAAUAGUAAAGAUUUGGUGGAUUAUAAUCUUGCACAAGAUCUUAAACUUAGUAAUGCUGGUGAAGACUUAGCUGCUAGUCUAGGCAUUGAUACUGAUGAUCAAGUUUUAGUGGGAUCUUUUUCACCAAGCCAAAGCAUUACUAACAAUGAACCUAAAUCACAAUCUGCAAUAUGUGCUUAUAGUAUGCAAUAUAUUGAGUCAAAGUUUAACGAAAAUAUUCACAUGUGCUUUAAUGGCACAAUCAAAUAUCGUAACAUGCCUUACAUUUCUGGACUAAUAUUACAAGGGAAUUGCCCUACUGCAGGAUCAACUGGAAAUAUAUUAAACUUUUGUGAAGUUGGGUUGAAAAUAUCUGGAACUGAACCAAUAACUACACAAUCUGCAAUCAAUUUCCCUAAUGAUCUUAUUUCUUCAAUCACUUUGGCAACAACAGAAAAGAAUACUAUAAUUUUCUUAGGAACUUCAACAGGAAUUCUUAAAAAAGUAUUGUUGUCAUCAUCUACACAUGGAGUGAACUAUGAAGAAGUAGUAUUAGAUGAUGGAAAUGCUAUAUUACCUGAUACGUCACUUACUACCAACGGAGAACACCUAUAUGUUUUAACGCGAUCCAGUGUACUGAAAGUCAGAGUUGAGCACUGCAAUAGUUUUACUAAUUGUUCUUCAUGUCUGGAAGCAAAUGAUCCAUACUGUGGUUGGUGUUCUCUAGAACGAAGAUGUACUGUAAGAAGUACUUGUCAAAAAGCAAGCCACAGUUCACCUCGAUGGUUAUCACUAGGUAGUGGACAACAAUGUAUUGAUUUUGAACAAAUAAAUCCAGAUCGUAUUCCAAUACAUCAAAUGUCAAAGUUACAACUUACAGUUAAAACAUUGCCAGAAUUACCCAUUGGAGCAAAAUACCGCUGUGUUUUCGGUAAAAGUGAACCAUUGGAUGCAAUUGUGAUGCCAUUUGGUUUACAAUGUUCUACUCCUUCAGUUCAAUCACGUCCAAAAAUACCAAAAAAUCAAGAUCAUGUAUAUGUGUCUUUGUCAGUGAGAUCUUCAGAAACAAAUAAAGAUUUUGUCAGUAGAAAUUUUGCAUACUAUGAUUGUUCAGCACAUGACCGUUGCAUGGGCUGUGUUAAAUCUCAAUGGGCUUGUAAUUGGUGUGUUUAUGAAAAUAAAUGUACAAAUAAUAUUUCUAGUUGUCAACGUAUUAUAAUAAGUGGUGAAAAUAACCCUAACCGUUUAAAAAACCAUGGUGCUAUGUUUUGUCCACGGUUUGUUCAACCAGCUCAAAAAAUAUUACUGCCCAAUGGUGUUCCUAAAGAAAUUGUUCUGCAAGUAGAAAAUUUACCCAACCCUCAAGUCGGGCAUACAGGUUUUCAAUGUAUAAUUAAUAUUGAAGGGGCCAAGCUAAUGGUUCCUGCAAGGGUUGAAGAAAAGUAUAUUGUCUGUGAUAAAACUACUUACUCAUAUGAAGCUAAUUCUGGAGAAUAUGAUGCUAUGGUUAGUAUGGUUUGGAACAGAAAUCAUCAUGUUGAUACAAUUAAUGUUACUUUAUACAAAUGUGAUAUUCUUGGAUCUCAUCGAGAACACCCUGAUUGUUCCUUAUGUGUGACACGAAAUCGUAAAUAUCAUUGUACUUGGUGUUCAAGUACUUGUGUAUACUCAGAAACUUGUUUGGAAAAAUCUACUAAUGAAUGUCCUAAACCAAGAAUAGAUAUGAUAAAACCUCUAAGUGGACCUAUUGAAGGAGGUACUAUGGUUACUAUUGAAGGAAGUAAUUUAGGUUUAAACAGAGAAGAUGUUUGGGGUAAAAUUCACAUUGGUGGUAUUUCAUGUCAUUUAGUUGAUUAUGAAGUAUCUGUAAAAAUAGUCUGUAGAACUGGACCAUCAAAUUCUGAAAAAAUUGCAUCUAUUGUUGUUGGUAAUAAUGCUGGUGUGACAGAGUCUUCCGUGCACUUCAGUUAUAAGAAUGUUAAACUUGAUAAAGUGUCUCCUAUGAUGGGACCCCAGAGUGGAGGUACAUUAUUAGCCAUUAGUGGACACAAUUUAAACAUUGGAAGUUCAGUGACUGCAUUCCUUGAUAAUUAUCCAUGUACAGUCAAUUCAACUCAUGCUUCAAGCACGAGACUUACAUGUAUAACUUCGUCUGCAAGUAGACCCCAAACCAUUAACUCAAUGUAUUUGAUUAUUGAUGGUUCCAAUAGAACAUUAUCAAAACCUUUUACAUACCGAAGUGAUCCUACUGUUGCUGAAAUUAAACCACUUAUUAGCUUUUUGUCGGGUGGAAGAAUGAUAACAGUUCAUGGGACAAACUUUGAUAUAAUUCAAAAACCAGAAAUGGUUAUUUAUGUCGAUUCAGAUUUUGUCCAUCCUAUUAACAAAACUGAAUGUGUAGUUCUUAAUUCAGCACAAAUGGAAUGUCCCUCUCCUUCUGCUAAUAGUCAAUUUCUUAAACAUAUGAAGAAUUUUAGGAAAAGAAGGAGACAUGCCACAAAUGGGAAAUAUGUUGAUUCUUAUCUGACUUUGAAAGUUGGCUUUAUAAUGGAUAAUGUUGCCGCUGUUAGAGAUUUAGAAAAACAUCUAAAAGUAUUGCAAUCUCAAAUCGUUUAUGUACAAGAUCCAAAGUUUUUCCAAUUUCCAAAUACUAUUAAAUCAUACAAAGGAGAUACAUUAGUUAUUGAGGGUGAAAAUUUAAAUUUAGCAUGUGAUGAAUCUGAUGUUAAUGUAACAAUUGGGAUGGAAGUUUGCAACGUGACAUCAUUAGCCAGUACACAAUUAGUUUGUAUUCCACCACAAUAUCAACCACAGUCUAUUGAUGAUUUUGGAUCUCCCACAAAAACAGGAUUGCCUUUAGUUGUGGUUCGUGUGGGUAAAAAGCUAAGAUUCAAUGUGGGAUAUUUACAAUAUGAUGUGAUGUCUUCUUAUUCAUUUUCACCUGAGGCAAUUGCAGGUGCCGUUACUGGCGCUUUGUGCAUAAUUAUUAUAUUUUUUAUUAUAUUGUUUUUGUACCGAAGAAAGUCUACCCAAGCUGAAAGAGAGUAUAAACGUAUUCAAAUUCAAAUGGAUACAUUAGAAAGCAAUGUUCGCUCCGAAUGUAAACAAGCGUUUGCUGAAUUACAAACUGAUAUGACUGACCUAACUGCAGACUUAGAAUCUUCUGGUAUUCCUACAUUAGAUCACAAUGAAUAUAUUUUGAAAGUAUUCUUCCCUGGUGUUCGAGACCAUCCUAUUUUAAAUGAAUCAAAAGUUGUUAUUGCUGGAUCUACUACAAAUUAUGAUGCAGCUAUGAUUCAAUUUGAACAGCUCAUAAAUAAUAAACAUUUUGUUCUAUCAUUCAUUGAUACUCUCGAAUCUCAAAAAACUUUUAGUAUUCGUGAUAAAGUAAAUGUUGCUUCAUUAUUGAUGGUUGUUCUAAUGAAUAAAAUGGAGUAUGCAACUGAUGUGUUAAGAAGUUUAUUACUUAGACUGAUUGAUAAAUCAGUUAUGUCUAAGCAUCCACAUUUAAUGUUGAGACGAACUGAAUCUGUUGUCGAAAAAAUGUUAACUAAUUGGAUGGCACUCAACAUGUAUAAAUAUCUUAAAGAAUAUUCAGGAUCUUCAUUGUUUUUACUUUAUAAAGCCAUAAAACAUCAAGUUGAAAAAGGGCCAGUUGAUGCAAUUACUUAUGAUGCUAGAUACAGUUUGUCCGAAGACCGUUUACUUCGAGAACAAAUAGAUCAUCGUGUUGUUAAUUUAUAUGUUAUGCAUGAUGAAUUGGAUGAUAAAGUGCAGUGUAAAGUCUUAGACUGUGAUACCAUUAGUCAGGUUAAAUCAAAAAUUCUUGACGCUGUCUAUAAAAAUACAGCAUUUUCGCUUAGACCAUCGGUAUAUGAUGUUGAUUUAGAAUGGCGUCAUGGAAGAGGAGGUCACCUUACACUCCAGGAUUAUGACGUUACAACUAAGAAUUUAUGCGGAUGGAAAAAAUUAAAUACACUUGCACAUUAUGGUGUAAAAGAAACUGCUGUAAUGACUCUUAUUCCCCGGCAACACGACACAUACAAUAAAACCUGUUUGCAAUCGUGCCACAACUGUACAUCUGCAUAUUAUUCUGGAGCUAUUAUUUCCACCAGCAAUGGAGGUAUUGAUACAGGGUCUAGUUCCAAUGGUACCGUGUAUCACUUGGUUAGAUCUACUGAUACACCACAACAAUAUCAUACAAACAAAAUGCCAGAAAGAACCCAUAAAGCUAUUCCAGAAAUAUAUUUAACUAGAUUAUUAUCAACAAAGGGAACAAUACAGAAAUUUGUUGAUGAUUUUUUCUCUACAAUUUUGGCAGCUAAUGAAUCCCUCCCCCCAGCGGUCAAAUGGUUGUUUGAUUUAUUUGAUGAAGCAGCUAAAAAAUACAAUAUAACUGAUCCAGAAGUCGUUCAUUCUUGGAAGUCUAAUAGUCUUCCACUGAGGUUUUGGGUGAAUUUCAUAAAAAAUCCAGAUUUUAUAUUUGAUAUUGACAAAACUCCUACAGUGGACUCUUGUUUAUCAGUUAUUGCUCAAACAUUCAUGGAUUCAUGUUCUACUUCAGACCAUAGACUUGGGAAAGAUUCGCCUUCAAAUAAACUUCUUUUUGCAAAAGACAUCCCUCAGUACAGAGAGACCGUUUUAAGGUUUUAUAGUGACAUUCAAAAUCUACCUCAAAUAACAGAUCAAGAACUAAGCACAACUAUGCAACAGUUGUCUGUUUCUCAUUUUGGCCAAUUUCACAUAGUUUCUGCUUUGAAGGAACUGUACAUUUAUGCUUCCAAAUAUAAUGAUGCGAUUUUGGACUCAUUAGAGAUGGAUCCUUAUUGUCAAAAGAUUAAUCUCAGUCAUAAGCUUAAUAAAGUGGCUGGAACUCUUGAAGGAGAUGAAGUGGCCAUAUGCUGA